UUUUUUUCGCAGAAAGAAAGUGGCCGAGACAAAGAAAUUCGUGCGUAUUUUUCAUCAAUUUGUGGCGUGAAAAUCCGUGCAAUAGCUGAUAUUGCGUGCAAAAUGGACUCGUGCUCGGCGGUGGAGAAGGAAUUGGAACGCGUGCUGUCGAAAUUCGCGGCGAUAAAUGAGCAUUCGACGAAAAUCAUUGGCGAUGUCCUGUCACAUUUCACUGAGCUGCAGCAACACAUCGCGGAGGGCACAGAGGCGAACGCCGAGCUGACGGCCGGACAAGUGGUGAUACUGAAGGAUGCGCUGUCCAAGACGAAGGAGAAACUGCAGCGCCUUACGGCGGAUCAUCGGGACUUGCACGGCACGGUGAGCAAAGUGGGCAAGGCGAUCGACAGGAACUUCGUGUCUGACUUCACGGCCACUUCCCGGACGGAUGUGUUCACCUCCGAGCGCAACAUCCAGCUGCUCAACACAGUGAUUGCUCAGCACUUCUACAGACAAGGCAUGGAAGACGUGGCGGACAUGCUGAUAAAGGAAUCCUCGCUGCAGCACGAUGAGAUCUCGAUAGAGCCGUACGCGGAGCUGCACAGGACCUGGGAGGCCAUCCACAAUCGCGACCUGGCGCCCGCCCUUCAGUGGGCCACGCACUAUUCGGACAAGCUGGAGGCGAAGCAUAGCGCGCUGGAGUUCAAGCUGCACCGACUGGCGUUCAUGCAGAUCCUGAGCAGGGGCAUCGAGGCGCAGAAGGAGGCGAUCGCGUACGCGCGCACGUACUUCUCCAAGUUUGUGCACAGGUUCCAGAAGGACAUCCAGAGCCUGAUGGGGACGCUGAUGUACCUGCCGAUCGGCAUCCAGAACUCACCCUAUCGCCACCUCAUGGCGUCCGAGAUGUGGAUCGAGGCGGCGGACUCGUUCAUCAAGGACGCGUGCAGCGUGCUGGGCAUCAACAAGGACUCGCCGCUGUCCGUGGUGGUGAACGCCGGCUGCACGGCGCUGCCGGCGUUGCUGAAUCUGAAGCAAGUGAUGCUGUCCAGACAGGUGAUGGGCAUCUGGAAUGGACGAGAUGAGCUCCCGAUUGAAAUCGAUUUGGAUCCGGACAAUCGAUACCAUUCAAUAUUCGCGUGUCCCAUCUUGAGGCAGCAGAGCUCCGAUGAUAAUCCGCCUAUGAAGCUGAUUUGUGGUCAUGUUAUCUCCCGUGAUGCCCUGAACAAGCUGAGUUCAGGACCAAUACUGAAAUGCCCGUACUGCCCGAUGGAACAGAGUCCUCAGGAUGCGCGCCUGAUAAGUUUCUAGGCCAGAGGAGAGAGUGAGAGACGUUGAGAUUUCUUCUUUUAUAUAAACAAUACUUUUGUGGGUAAAAAUCCAUUAACGAAGAUAGAGAAAAUGAGCGUUAGUUUUUCCAUUUGUUACAAAUUGAAAUGUGCAAGAAAUACUUUCCACUUUCUCUUUAUUUCACCGUUCACACUCACACACACACACACAUGUUUAGUGAAUUUGCCAGGAAGUGUGUACAUACUUUUUAGCGCGCGAGAGACAAUGUCAAUUGUAUGUUGAAUGCUGAAGUUGUGUAUUUAGGAGAAAAGCAAAAUGAUGGGAUUUGCAAUUGACGCAGAGAAUACAGAAUGAAUUACAA